AUGGAUGAUUCCGAAUUUGACUUUGGCCAAUUAGAUCAACUAUUCAACUUUCUUUCCUCUACUCCUCCUCCUCCUCUUCUGCCUCCGACUACUCUUCAAAUUAAUCAAGAUUCAUCAUUUUCAUUACAAAAACAAAACUCUAAUCUUGUUUUUACAAGUACUCAUCAUGUACCUAAAAAGAAAUCAAUUGUCAACAAUUAUGUGACUGAAAAAAAACCAAUUUUGAACACCAAUAUUAAUAUUAUUGAUGAUCAAGUUCAAGAUCCGUCUAAAGAGAAAAAAAUGGUGGUGGAGAAGAAAGUUAUGCGAAGAGAUGUUGAAAGGCAAAGAAGGCGCGAUAUGGCUAAGCUUUAUCAACAUUUACGCCUUCUUAUUCCUUCCAAAUAUCUCGUGGGAAAGAGAUCUAUAUCUGAUCAUCUAGAAGAGAUAGUGGAUUAUGUAAAAGACUUGAAGAAGGACAUAGAGGACUUGGAAAGUAAAAGAGAAAAACUGAAAGAAAUGAAAAAUAUUAAUUGUAGCUCUCAAUUGGCACCAAAUUCUUCCUCUAUGAAAUUAUAUGAUGAUGAUGAAGAUAAAAUAAUAGUGAAAUCAUGCAAUGAAGGAGUGGAGAUUUCAAUAAAAGGAGGGGUUUCUCUUUCAAAAGUGCUUAAAGUUCUUAUGAAAGAAGAAAUCAUUGUUAAUAGUUGUGUUUCCUCCACAAUUAAUCAAAGGCUUAUUCACAUUAUUCAAACUAAGGUGAACACAAGAGGAGAUAUUGAUCUUGCAUUACUACGAUCCAAGUUGAUGGGUUUGUUUUAG